AUGGACGCCACCAUGCAGUCUCCGAUUACCAUCAUCGUCAACAGCAUCCGCGGGCAAAACAUCGCCUUCGCAACGCAAAAAGACGCGCCUCUUACUUGCAUCUACGACACGCUCUAUAAACGUGCGCCAUGGAUUCAAAAUUCGUCCUACAUCCUGACCACCAACUCGCGCCGCUCUGUUCGCCACGACGCUGCACCAGUGUCAUCACUCCUCUCCUCGCCCGCAGAUACUUUUUUAUCGCUUCGUCUGACGGUACCGCUAUGUGGUGGCAAAGGUGGUUUCGGGUCAAUCUUGCGCGCCCAAGGUGGUCGCAUGUCCUCGCGCAAGAAGAAGCAGGGCGACGUGAAUGGAUCGUCCCGCAACUUGGACGGGCGACGCCUGCGCACAGUCACUGAAGCCAAGGUACUCGCCGAAUACCUAGCGAUCAAGCCGGAGAUGGAGCAACGUGAAAAGGAGGAGCGCCGGAAGAAGUGGGAGGACAUUGUGGCCAGUACCGAGCGGAAGCAGGAAGAGCUACAGGAUAGCAGAGGCACAGCACGUCUUGAUGGCAAGUGGGUUGAGGACAAAGAGGAAGCAGAGAACAAAACGAGGGAAGCUAUUGAGAAGAUGCUUAUGGCGCAAAGAGACAGUUCAGAAGAGGAGGACGACGCUCGACCGGCCGCUUCUUCAUCGAAGCCUGUUCAACAGCGAGCCAUGUUUGGCUGGGACGAUGAAGAUGAAGAAUUCAUGAGCGACAGCGAAGAAGAGGACGAUGUCUCUGAGGAGGACGUGAAGCCAGUAAUUGAAGGGAAAGGAAAAGCAAAGGCCGUCUAA